CUUGGUUUCUUAACUUACUAGUCCAUUUGCUGUGAUUGUAGAUUGUCUGUGCCACACUUUAAGUUCUCAAAUUGUUUAUAAUUUUAUAUAGCAGUGUUAGGAUUAAGCCAGAAUAUUAAUCAUUUAGUUGUUGUGAACAAUGGCAUUUGAUCCGGUGUAUGGAAAUUUUGAAUCUCCAGAAGGGCUUCGGUGUAAUGGAGAUGACGACCCAGUGUACGGAAACCAUGAUACUCUUAUUUUCCGGAAAAUUGUAGAAGAAAAUUUGACCAUAGACAACAUCAUUGGAUCAAGAUAUCAACCGCCGCCCCAUUUCCCUGCAAGUCGGGCGCCUCAGAGCAGCCAGGCGGUAGAGCAAGCCAAGGGCGUUAGCGAGUGGAUGAACGUGGUUGACUCCGAUGAUGGCUGGUCCAGCGACGAAUUUGAUGACAUUACUGAACAAGAUUCAGUCAACACCAAUCAUGAUGUCAGUAAUUCCAAUAUAACCAGUGUUCCUGAUUCUAGUGAUGAGAAUGAACUGUACAUGACACCGUCGCCAGCGAGAUCCGCACCAAGUUACCCAAACCAACAGCCAAGAACUCUAAGCAAACCCAGUGUAUCGCCUCCAGCACUGCCUUUCUCGAGUAAUGUGCCCCCACACUCUGCCCAAAAGGGCUUUCCAAGUCCAGGCAGAGGUACUCUUGUCAACAGAAUAGGAAAGAAUCCUCCAUUCUCUGGAGGCAGUCAAUCAGCAGGACCCAGGGGGCAACCUUCUGUAGAUCACCCGCGACGUGACCCACCAGCUCCCCCAGGGAACCGAGGGCCAGCACCUACUCCAGCAUUUAAUGUUCCUUCUAAAGGCCCUUCAGAUCUGGCCCGCCGAGUUCCUCCAUCACUGCCUGGACAUUUAGGAUCAACAGGAUCUCAGGAGGGUCCACGAUGGGGGCCGAUUCAAAGAGCAGGGUCCCCAAAGACAGUAGGCGGACCCCCAGAUAUUUCUCGGCGUGGACCAGUGCCGCUAGCAACUCUGGGUGGAAAUUCAGAUAUGUCACGACCUGGGCCUCCUCUGCUUCCAGUCCUUCCCAAGGGCUCGACUCAGACUGGCCAGACGGACAAUUCUCGGCGUGGGCCAGCACCUGUUCCUAGCCACCUGGGCUUACAGGAACAGAGUUCCGUCGAUAUCACACGUCGAGCCCCAAUGCCCCUGCCAGGGUCUCCAACAAUAUUGCAGCAAGGACCCACUGUAGCAAAGACAAAUUCUGGGGCAUCUGAGGCACCGAAUGCUCCACCGGUGCGUGUGCCCAGCAGACCUCCUCCAAGAGUGAACUCAGCAGCUGCAGGUAACAGUCCUAACAACAGCCGACCAGUGAGUCCAAACAACGGGGUUGGGAGGGGCAGCCUUUCAUCGCAGCCGCAACUUCCCUCCCUUCGUGGAAAUUCUAAUGAAGGAAGCCGCCCUGAAGUUCGAAAGACCAAUUCUCUAAAUGAGACAAUAAAUAGAUUCAACCGCCUUUCUCAGGCAACCUCUUAUACUCCAGAGGAGUUCGGCCACGAGUAUGAAGUUGUUGAAGCUCCGCGUGGUUCAUUUGCUAAUCAAGACAACUCUGCUUCCGGUCAACAGAAUUUGCCAUCUGCCAGUAGUCCUCCAGCAUUGCCACCCAGAAAUCAAGGUGCAAGGGACGCAGGAAGGCGCGGCACCGGGGGCAGCCAAUCUCCCCCACACCAGCUUCCCCCACCAACGCAUGGCUUAGGCCAAGUACGACCUCAGAAUGGUGUUCCCCAGCCGCCUCAGCUCCCUACCCUGCCACCACCCCCGAUCCCGAAACAGACUCCCAAGCAGUACAAUCGACCUUCGCAGCCCCAUGUGCAUCCAUCAAAUCCACAGUACCUGGACCACCCGCCCACAGAGAUGGCGCCGGCAGUACCUGGCUACACAGGGGCAAGUGCGGGCAUUGGGGGACACCCGAAGCCAGGGGCAGAGCGGGUGCCUCGAGAGGACGGAGGAAUGGUGGAGCUAACCCCGCUCUACCGCAGCAUAUUUGACCGUCCUUACUUCCACAUCAUAUCUCGUAACAAAUCCCGAGAGUUGCUUGAGAAAGCCGAAGAUGGUGUGUUUCUCAUACGUCCUUCAACACGUUCCAGUGAUCCACUCACCCUUUGUCUCCGGUACAGGAGCCGCACUUAUAAUAUCAACAUUCGAUGUCGCCCUGACGGGCUUUUUGCUCUUGGUUCUGAGAAAACUAAUGAGAUGACAUUCUCUUCGGUAGAUGAUAUAGUAUCAACUUACACUCGUGAACCAAUAAAGCUUCAGAGCGGUGAUCGAGCCAUGCUAACCGUUCCACCACCGAAGUCUGAUCACAUAUACGUAAAAAUGCCUCUGCCAAAAGUAUUAGGUUGUCAGUAAAUAAAAAUGCCUAUGUGAGGUGACUCAACUUUGUACAAUAGAUUAUAAAGAUAUAUGUCAAUGUUGUACAGAAGUAUUUGUUCGAGGUGAGGUAUCGAGAUUCAGUACUGUGUAGAAUACAAGUAACUGAAUUGCAUAUAUUUGUAUUUUUUAUAUUUGUAUACUCAUAAUCGCUUAGAUAUGUUAUCAUUUGUAUUUUCAGUCUCCCUGCUUAUCUAUACUGCCUUAUGCCUAUGUGCAGUAAUUGCUUAUAGUUAUUAUAUUUCAUGAUUGUCUACCUUUGCAUACUGCUGUGUUUUGUUGUUAGGGAUCCCCAGACACUCCUUUGAAGGAAGCCUGCGCAGUGCAGGCAGCAAUCCACUUGCAUCGGGUCCUUCCAUCUCUUCAGAUAUGUCAGUCUAGACUGAGUGCUCUUAAUGGCGUGGGGGCUGGCAUUUUGAUAGAUGCGCGAGUGUGUGUGUGCAGGCGUGUGUACAUGUACAUGUUGCCUGUUUUGUAUUGGUUGAGUGAGGGGCAAUGUCAUCAUCAGUCUUGUGAGGUUUAUUCUCCUCUCUGGGCAUUUGUGUUUCUGUGCUGAGUAGAAGUGGUGGUGAACGACCAAGCAUUUUGUUCGAGGCCAUGUGUAAGAUGACAAAGUUCUUGUUAUUGUGGUUUACAUAGGUGAAAAGAGGUGAAAACUAUUUUUUAAGUGAGGAUGUUUGUAAUGUGGUGUUGGUAGAUGUAUAAACAUGUUGUGACAUGAGUGUAAUUCAUUUGUAUGUUUAUUGCAUUUGCUUAUAAUCGUAUUCGAUACCUUUUACCUUUGUGUGUUCAUAGGUAUAUUUUUAUGGUAGUAGAUGUUCAGUUAGCUCAUAUUGAAGGAGCAGCUGAAGAAAUAAAAUGGUUGUUAGGCUAUGAAGCUAAGUGACUGAGAUGUAUUGUGAAAUAUCUCACUAAAUGUUAAGCAGCAUCUUAUUUUAAUCACAUUUUUGGUCAUUUAAGUUAUACUUUUAUAUUUGCAGUGUCACAAAGUCCAAGUAUAUAUACCUGAUUAUCACUAAUUCUCCUUGUUAUUUUCAUAUUAUCCCAUAAGAUUAAUAGAUAUUUUGCCUGUUGAUCUCAAAUAUAGACAUUGUAUCUUCUGCAAUCAGUUAAUUGUAAUCUGUAAUUGAGUAUAUCAGAAAACUGUCAUUUCCUUUGCAUGAUAUUAAGUAUGAAGAGAUAUGAAGUAAACUCAAGGUUUGUGUACUCUCAAUGAUUGCAUCCAUCAUUUUCUGGCAGUCAUUCUUUCCAUCGGAUUUGAAGACAAUUUUUUUUCUUUAGAUGUAAUGUAUUGGGCAUAGGGCUGCAGUGGCAUUCCAAACUGUUGGAAUGGGGGUGCCAGGCCUAUGAUUUGUCAAAUGUGCUGAUGGAUGCAUCUCUUGUUUUUCUUAUAUGUGUAUACAUUUCAAGGAAAUGUGUCUAAUUUGCUAAAGUCUCUACAUUCCUGCCAUUAUUUCUCUCUCUUCCUCCCUCCCUCCCUCUCUCCCUCUGUCUGUCUGUCUCUGUUUCUCUGUCUGUCUGUCUGUCUCUGUCUGUCUCUCUCAGUUUCUCUGUCUCUGUCUGUCUCUCUCUGUUUCUCUGUCUCUGUCUCUGUCUGUCUCUCUCUGUUUCUCUGUCUGUCUCUCUGUUUCUGUCUGUCUCUCUCUGUUUCUCUGUCUGUCUGUCUCUCUCCCUCUCUC